AUGGGUGGUAUUGAAAUUGAAAUCCGUCGAGCAAAGAAAAAAACACCUGUACGAUCAGCAUCUGUUACUUAUCGACAGAAUAAUCAUAAUAAAAAAACUAAAGCAGAGGAAAAAUUGAAAUUAUCACAACCACCAUAUUGGGAUUAUUCAAUGUUAUAUGGACCCAAUAUGUGGUCUCGAAUAUUUCCUCAAUUACAACGUAAAAAAUUUCAAUCUCCAAUACAAAUCUAUACUGAUCUAUGUGAAUAUGAACCUGUACUUGCUCGACAUCCCUUUAUAUUUGAGACUGAUGAAAAUUGUUGUCAAACACUUGAAAAUACUGGUCAUUCAUUUCAAGUAUCCGGUCAAGGUUAUAGUUAUAUCACCGGAGGUCCUGUACUUGAUGAAUAUCAAUUUUUACAAUUUCAUAUGCAUUGGGGAGCAAAUGAUAAUGAAGGUUCAGAACAUGUCAUCGAUGGUGUUCGUCUACCGGCUGAAUUACAUAUUGUGACAUGGAAUACAAAUCAAUAUAGAACUCCACAAGAAGCUAUGGCAUCUGAACAAUUUGGUGGUUUACUGGUAUUUGCUAUUUUAAUAAAAAUUAUACCAAGUGAUAAUUCAGAUAUUGGUAAAUUAUUUGAUCAUUUAUCAAAGAUUUCACAUAAAGGAGAAAAAAGAAAUCUUGAUCAUAAUAUUGUUUCAUUGAGAAAUUUAAUGCCUAAGAAAAUGCAAAAUUAUUAUACAUACGAUGGUUCAUUAACAACCCCAAUGUGUUAUGAAAGUGUACGUUGGGUAGUUUUUCGAGAUAGAAUGGGUAUUUCAAAACGUCAACUGGGUCAAUUACAUCAAUUGAAAUAUACAUGUAAAACUGACAAAACAACUAAUGGAUAUAUUACUAGAAAUUUCCGACCAUUAAUGCCACUCAACGGACGUAUGGUUUAUCGUUCAUUUGCUUAG